GACGGUGUUGAGGAGACUCGUCACAUUACAGCAAAACAAGAACCUGGAAAGUUUGUCCUGCAUAUUAACAAAACACAGUUCAGCGAUACUGCAGUCUACUACUGUAUGAAAGUGAGAUACAGCACCAUGACAUUUUCAAAAGGAAUAUUUCUGAGGAUUAAAGGACCAGAACCUGAUAUCACUGCCGUCACUCAAGACUCUCCAUCUGAUCCAGUCCGUCCAGGAGACUCCGUGACUCUGCAGUGUUCAGUCCUCUCAGACUCUGAGAAGAAAACAUGUCCAGGAGAACACACUGUGUACUGGUUUAUAGCUGGAUCAGAUGAAUCUCGUCCCAGUGUCAUUUAUGCACAAAGAAACAACAGUGCUGGAUGUGAGAAGAGUCCUGAGGCUCACUCUCCACAGAAAUGUGUCUACAGCUUCUCUAAGACAGUCAGCUCCUCCGAUGCCGGGACGUAUUACUGCGCUGUGGCCACAUGUGGAGAGAUAUUAUUUGGAAAUAGAACAAAACUGGACAUUGAAGUUGACAGCACCUGUGAUUCAAAGAACGACAACACAAUUCUCUUUGUGGCGUGUUUUGCUCUGGCUAUAAGUCUGAUUGUUAUAGCCGUCCUUGUUUAUGCCGUCAGGAUCAAAUCCUGCGAUUGUUGCAAAGCUGCUGCCACUCCUCAAACAAAUGCUGCAACAGCCAGUAACAAUCAGCAAAAUCAGCAGAGAGAUGAGGACUCUUUGGUUUAUUGUACACCAAACUUUACCAGGAGGAAAGCUGGCAAAGCAGAGAGAAGGAAUCAAAGAGAAGAGACGAUCUACACAGAUGUCAGGACGUUUGUGAUGUAUAAACGAUCCAAAGUCUGA